AUGGCCUCCGGACAAUAUCCCCCUCCCAUCCCUCCUAGACCACUUCCUCCACCGGUGCCUUCGAGGCGGCCGGUUCCCACCCCUCCAGCCAUCCAAAAUGACCCCGAAGUCAUCGCCCUCUGCCCCGGAAACCAACCCCUCUACGCCACCGCAUACUGGUAUUCACUCCCCUCCAUCCCCACCUACGAAGUCUGCUCGCACUGCUUCGCCUCCCACAUCCGCUCCACGCCCUGGGCGGCCCAAUUCCAAAAACACCUCCGGUCCCCAGACCCAUCCCGCAGAUGCCGCUUCGACACCCCCCGCAUGCUCCAGCUCUGGUCCCAUCUCGCGCAGAACCACGAUUGGCCCGCCGUGACGGCAUACAUGGCCCACCGCGCCUCCAUCCCCAACUGCACAGGCAAGACGCCCGUCGCCGCCGAGGCGGGCAUCAAGUGGUAUAGUCCGCGCGGCAACGAGCUCCACAACUUCGGGGUCUGUGCCGCGUGCUACGAGGAUCUGCUGCUUGCGACCCCCUUCGCGGCUCACUUCGGUCUGAACCCGCAAAAGCAGCCCCCCGGGGAGCUCUGGAAUUGCAAAAUGCCGCUGUUUGUGCACCGGGCGAUUGAGACGCCGGGAAAAUAUGCCACCUGGGCGGCGCUGGCCGCGGACAUCGGGCGAUAUAUGCAGAUUCCGCCGUGCGAUGGGCCGACGGGCAUAGCUGCGGGGAAACGGGGCUGGUAUCGGCCGCGCAGGGCGAUUGAGGGAUUGGUGGUGUGUGAUUCGUGCUACUGGGAAUAUCUGGCGUCGUCGUUGAUGGAGCGGGAGUGGGAGGCGAUGCCGGUGGGGUUCCAGCAUCAAUGGACGACGUGGGCGUGCGAUAUGUCCCUGCUGCCGAUGAAGGUGGCGUAUCUCAAGGCGUUGAUGGAGAAGGACUACGGGAUAUGGUGGAAUGCGGCGCGGGCGAUUAUGGCGAGUCCACCGUGUCCGAGUGCGUCGGGGGGUGUGUACCCGGGGACAUGGUAUAAACUGCCUCGCGCCGAGGUGUAUGUGUGCGCGCAAUGCUUUGCGGGGAUCAUUUUCCCGUUCAGGUUUGGAAAUCAUUUCGUCCAGGCGUAUGCGCACAACGGCCCGCGGACCUGCAUCUUUAACGCCGCUACGCCGCGCCGCGAACAGUUCCUGAACCGCUUCGACGAGUCCAUCAGCCUACGCGACUUCUCGAAAUUCGAGAACUACGUCGUCCGCCUCUCGCCGCUCCCGCUCUGCUCCACGUCCACUAUGGUGCAUAACCGUCGGUGGUACGGUACUAAUGACUUCCUGGCCUGCGAAUCCUGCUGGGAAGAGUUCGUCAAGGACACGAGCCUCGCCUCGCAACUCUCUCUGAAGGGGGUCGUUGUCCCCGCCGCCUGCUGCGACAUGUACUCUGCGCGCAUGCGCCGGCUCUGGAUGACCGCCUGCUCCAAGAACAAUCUCGCCGAAUUCACUGCGUUCGCCAAACACCGCUCAGCCGUGUACGCGCAGACCGUACCGCGUAUGCAAGAGAUCCUGGCUAUGGCAAAGAUGCGCAUGGAGCAGAAGCAGACGCUCAUGAUGUCGUCAAUCAUGCUGCAGGGCGCGAGUAAUGUCGUGGGGGCUUCGCAGUCCGCCGAUUUCAGCCAUACAUUGUACGGUAAUGCGGCGCUGGGAUAUCAUGCCACUCCGGCGGGGGCACAGGGAGCUGCCCAGUUCGAUCAGGCGUUGGGGAUUAACCCGGUGCAGGGGGGUGAAAUGAUGCAGGUGGCACAGCUGGAGGCGAUGUGGAAGCAGGUGGAGUGA